AUGUCUUCAGGAAAGAAAGCAUCACUUUCGGAAGGUGAUGAAAUUAAUGAAAUUAAUGAAAUUAGUGGUGGAGGAAUUAUUACAAUUCAGCCUUUAGAUAUACAACAAAUGCAAUCUAGUUAUGCCAAGACAUAUCCUCUCGGAGAUAAUCCUCACGGAUUUUACGGUGGUAUGAUGAAUUGUCUUGGCGUGUUGUGCGGAACGUUUGGAUCGAUUCCUUUAUGUUUUUGUUUCCCUAAUCCUUACAAAAAAGUUGGUCAAGGUUUUGUAGGAUUGAUUUCACGAUUUGGACAAUUUUACAAAUCUGUUGAUCCGGGGUUGGUCAAAGUAAAUGUCUUCACGGAAGAAAUCCAGAAAGUUGAUAUCAAGAUACAAGUCACGGAUAUUCCAAGACAAGCAAUUAUGACAAAGCCCUUGUUGAACGAUUGUAUUGAAAAUCGUGAAGCAAUUGCUUUUGAAAUUAAAGAAAUCAUUGAUGAGCCUGCUCACGCUUGGGGUGUUAAGGAUAUUCAAUUCUCGGCGGACUUACAAUCUUCCCUUUCUUCGGCAGCUCAACAAAAGAGAAUUGGUGAGAGUAAAGUUAUUGCUGCUCAGGCUGAAGCUGCCGAACUUCUUAAUUCACCAGCUGCAAUGCAAAUUCGAUACCUUGAAACAAUGGCUGCAAUGUCAAAAACUACUGGCGCCAAAGUCAUCUUUAUGCCUUUUAAUUCAUUACAUGAUGGUCCCGGACCAUCUACUAGUAGUGAUGGUAAGCUUAAUCCCGCAAGCGCUACGAUUUAUCAAACGAUGGCUGAUAAUUAUUAA